AUGAUAUCCGAAGAAACCUAUCGAAUCCAUCGGGCCAUCAUCUACUGCGUCGUUCUGAUCUUCGAAGUGUUCGGCCUGUUCGGCAACAUCAAUCUGGUUGUAUUGACCGUCAGGAAAAAGACAUUGCAGACAAAGUACGGUGAGUGGGCUCAGAUCUUGCUCCCAAAAGAUAACGACCUUCCAGGCCUGAUCCUCAGCCUCCUGGCCACCCUCCACACCCUCUGCCUCCUCUUCGAAUUGGUCGACAUGAGCUUCAGCAUCGCCGCCACCCUCUCCUCGCACCCAAUCCGUCGCUCCGUCUGCUUCCACGUCAUCUUCUCCUACAUUUUCAUUUAUUCGCUUCAAACCGGCACCAUGUCGGUUCUGUCCUUAGACCUACUCAUCAAAAUUAUGUACCCUUUGGCCCAUCGGAACUUCCGAGUGCGCUCCUACUUUGUGGCCCUCUUUUUGGUGCCGGUUGUCUACGGUUUUGCGACUGUUUUCUUCGGGUUCUUGUACUUGGAUGAUGCAGAAUUACAGGUAAGAUUGAAGUAAUCCGAGGGGUAAGGCAAGAAUAAACUCUUCAUUCAGAUGUGCAAUCCUCCGUCGGCCCUGCACCCUCUCGUUAACGCCAAAUGGUACUCGUUCAUGAUGGUUUUCACACUUUUCACUCUGUUUUUCUACUCGACCGCCUUCCUUCUCAUCUAUUUGAAAGUACGUCGACGCAGCAAGGAUAUAAAAUUGAUCGAAAAAAAAUCGAUGAAGACUUUGAAGUUCCUCAUCUGUAUCUUUCUCAUCUCACGAUUCAUCACAAUUUCACUGGCAAACAUACUCCUCGUCCUUGGAGUUGAUAAAGAUAUCUCUGGUUUAGUGCAGAACUACAGUGUGCGUUUGAAGUUUCACUUGAAGGAUAACUGUCAUUGGAUUGCAGAUAAUUGCGGGAGUGAUAGGCUUCUCGCAGAAUGCGUACGUCUGUUACUUUCGGAGCAACGAGUAUCGGAUGUUGCUCCAUGAGCAGAUCUCGAAGAUCCAUCCCAGAUUGGCAAGGAUCCUUUCGCACCGUUCGGCGGAUUUUAGUGUUGACAAAGGCAGGAACAGACAGAUUUCGAUGGUCUCAGUUAGCACGACGAAGCAAUUGGUGGAGAAACAGAAGCGAUUACAGUUCUGA